AUGAUGUCAUUUAACGAAUAUGAACAAAUCAAAGCGAUUGCAAAUAAAUCAAUUGAUUGCAAUUUUACAGUUAUUGAUGAUCAUAGUUUUAAGGUAUUUCUACCCAAUGGCGUGUAUAGUGUGAAUAUUUCAGUAACAAUUAUAGGAUUGGAACAAUUCGAGACAACUAUAAAAUAUAAUAACCCCAUUAUAAUAAAUACAAGUUAUUUUCUAAAAAGUGGUAAUUUUAAUUUUACAAUAAGUGGUCAAAAUUUUGGUGAACCCUAUAGUAUCUCAAUCAAACAAUUAAAUAAAGGAAAACCAUUAGAAAAUUGCAAAUUAGAUCUUCAAAUAUCAGAAAAUGGGGACAUAAACAAUACCCAUGAUUUAAUUACUUGUAAUGUUACAGUCACAUCAGGUACACAAUUCGAUAAUUUAAGUGGUAAUUUAUGUUUACAAAUUGGUAAUACCAAAGUGUAUAGUAUUGUUAAUUUUAUGGAUUACUAUAGAAUGCAUAAUGAUAAGGCCAUCUUAGCUAUAAUUAUAGUGCUACCAUUGUCCGUUGUAAUUGCAAUUUCGAUUAUUAUAGUAUUAUAUUUAAAAAAAGGAAAUUAA